AUGCGUGCCGUCGUCCAGCGUGUGACUUCUGCAUCAGUGACUGUGAACAACACUGUCAUAUCCCGCAUCGGUCGCGGUAUGCUCGUCCUCGUCGGCAUUGCCGUCGACGACACCCCCUCCGACUCGGAAUAUCUCGUCAAGAAGAUACUCGGGUUGAAGCUUUUCGACGGCCUGCCUCAUCUUUCUGAAUCUUCGAGCGUUGAGGCCGGACAGGAGGAGACCGAGGACCCAGAAGGUGCAGGAGGGCGCAUGUGGAAGAGGAGCGUGGUCGAUAUUGAAGGAGAUAUACUCUGCGGUCCGUCCCUUCCAAUCCAAUUCUCGUCCUCUCCUACGUCUCCCAACUGGUGUUCUUCCCCUACUGACACGCACCCAGUAUCCCAGUUCACCCUACUCGCCUCGACGACCAAAGGGUACAAACCGGAUUUCCACUCUGCGAUGCCCCCCUCGCACUCUCACACUUUCUACCACACCUUCCUCACCUCCCUGCGCGCUGCCUAUGUGCCUGAGAAAGUGGGGGACGGACAGUUUGGGGCGAAGAUGCUUGUUGGGGGAGAGAAUGAUGGACCUGUGACUGUUGUGCUGGAUAGUCGCAAGUGGGAGUAUGUGGAUCGGCCACAGGGGAGGGGAAAGGGCAAGGGGUCCGCCUCGGGGUCGGGGUCGCCUGCAGAGAAGUCGAAAAGCAAAGGAAUGUCGGGAGCGCGCACGCCCAUCUCUGCUUCAACUCCUGCAGAGGGCGAGACUGACCUCUCCUCCCUCUCCCCUGACGACAACACCGUUCCUCGCAACCCAACAUCUGAGCGGCGUACGACGUCCUCUCCAGGUCUGGUGGCAUAG